GCUGGACGGAGGACACGAUUGACAUUGCCAACAAUUAAAAUACUCUAAAUGUGUUUGUUACACUUAAUGAACAACACAUGUUUGUGUGUAUCAAUGUUUUAAACCAAAAUCCAUUUGACGUGAGUGUACAUGUCGGUAAGAUGCCAAGUUUAAACGCCACCCCAAACAUUCCGACAGUGGACUCUUCCGGUGUUAGGCCUCUGCAGUAGGGAGUUGUUUGGCGGAUCUCGCAAGUUUUCCUACACUUUAGAUGUACAUUUUGUUGGUCCAAAUACAGCGAGAGUCUUGUUUUCUGGCGUCACUUAUCUCGUCGUUUACUCGCCGUGUCGACAUAGUUUACAAACUAAGUGUUUGGGCGUGUUACACAACUACACAGCUGAAGGAAGGGAGGGAAGGAAGGAAGGCAUCGGUGAGUCGGAGAGACCGCGGCUGAGCUUAUGAUGCCGACGUUGCGGGACAGCACCAUGUCCCACCCCGGCGAGAAUUCCCACCAAGUCCGGGUCAAAGCGUAUUACAAAGGGGACAUCAUGAUUACACAUUUUGAACCAUCCAUCUCAUACGAGGGUCUGUAUGGAGAAGUGAAGGACAUGUGCUCUAUGGACAACGACCAGCUCUUCACCAUGAAGUGGAUCGACGAGGAAGGUGACCCCUGCACUGUGUCGUCUCAACUGGAGCUGGAGGAAGCACUACGUCUCUAUGAACUCAACAAAGACUCUGAGCUCAUUAUCCACGUGUUUCCAUGUAUACCAGAGAAACCUGGCAUGCCCUGUCCAGGAGAAGACAAAUCCAUAUAUCGGCGAGGAGCUCGGCGCUGGAGGAAGCUUUAUUAUGCCAGUGGUCACGCCUUUCAGGCCAAACGCUUCAACAGGCGAGCACAUUGUGCCAUCUGCACAGACAGAAUCUGGGGUCUGGGUAGACAAGGCUACAAAUGCAUCAACUGCAAACUGCUGGUGCACAAGAAAUGCCAUAAACUGGUGACAGUGGAGUGUGGCAGACCAAUGUUCCAGGAACCAAUCAUGCAAGGCCAUCCACCAUCCAGUCAAUUAGACCAAAGUGAACAGCCAGGGCCUCAGAAUAAAGACUCCAGAGAAAGCUUGACUUACGAUGGAGAGGAGAAGGAGGCACGGAGCAGUAGAACGGGGAAAUCGCCUUCGAGUCUGGGCCUGGCAGACUUCGACCUGCUGAGGGUGAUCGGCAGAGGCAGCUACGCCAAGGUGCUGCUGGUGCAGCUGAAGAAGACCGAGCGCAUCUACGCCAUGAAGGUGGUCAAGAAGGAGCUGGUCAAUGACGAUGAGGACAUCGACUGGGUCCAAACAGAAAAGCAUGUCUUUGAGCAGGCUUCUAAUCAUCCCUUCUUGGUGGGCCUCCACUCCUGUUUCCAGACAGAGAGCAGACUCUUUUUUGUUAUUGAAUAUGUGAAUGGUGGCGAUCUCAUGUUUCACAUGCAGAGACAAAGGAAGCUCCCAGAAGAACAUGCCAGAUUCUACUCAGCGGAGAUUAGUCUUGCUCUCAACUACCUCCAUGAGCGGGGAAUCAUCUACAGAGACCUGAAACUGGACAAUGUGCUGCUGGACUCGGAAGGACACAUUAAACUUACAGACUAUGGCAUGUGCAAGGAGGGCUUGAGACCAGGUGAUACAACGAGCACUUUCUGUGGUACACCUAAUUACAUCGCCCCCGAAAUACUCAGAGGGGAGGAUUACGGGUUUAGUGUGGACUGGUGGGCGUUGGGUGUGCUGAUGUUCGAGAUGAUGGCGGGCCGGUCGCCCUUCGACAUUGUCGGGAAUUCAGACAACCCAGAUCAAAACACAGAAGACUACCUCUUCCAAGUUAUAUUGGAAAAACCGAUCAGAAUUCCCCGCUCGUUGUCAGUCAAAGCCGCCAGUGUCCUUAAGGGAUUCCUCAAUAAGGAUCCUAAGGAGCGUCUAGGCUGUCACCCUCAGACAGGCUUCGCCGACAUAAUGGGUCAUCCAUUCUUCCGAAACGUGGACUGGGAUCUACUGGAGCAGAAGCAGGUGGUCCCUCCAUUUAAGCCCAACAUCUCAGGGGAAUUUGGACUGGACAACUUUGACGCCCAGUUCACUAACGAACCCAUCCAGCUCACGCCCGAUGACGAGGACGUGGUCAGGAAGAUCGACCAGUCCGAGUUCGAAGGCUUCGAGUACAUCAACCCACUUCUGAUGUCGGCGGAAGAGUGUGUGUGAGGGGACGUUGACGCUUGUGCUCGCGCACACACACACACAUACCGCCCGCCCACACACCCACACACAUACACCAACACACACACUCAUCAUGCCUGGUGUCUCAGUGUCCUGAAGCUGCAUGGUUAUGAGACAAGCAGACGUCAUCAGCCGUCUGUUUGAGGGCCACACACAUGCACAGUAGAACACUUAUUUGCCAAAACCAGUCUCGCACUCUGCCAUUUGUAACCACUUGCCCUUAAGCCUACCUUCUUUUCUUAAUUAUUUUUAUAUCACAUGAAUCUGCACUGAUAUCAGUUCUCUCCUCUGUAUCAGUAGCCGACGAGGCUACGGAGAUCUUUCAUUGUUGCUGUAUAGUGGACAGAUGACCAGAUCAUCUUCUCCUUCCAGCUGGUGAGGUGUUUUCACUGCACAUUUUAUGUGCAUGUACAUAGACAUAAAAAUAUAUGAAA